AUGAAAACAAUGACAGCAACGUCGUUUGAUGUCUCCGCCGCUUGCUUCCAUUCACGCCCUCUAAAUCUACGCCAUAACACUACCAUGACUAGUUUUUCGUUUGUAAAAUCCUCCAAGUUUAACAAGGGACAAAGAAGCGUUCUUGCUCAACCCAAGUUUUUGAACUUCCGCAUGAUGUGUAAUUUAAAGGGGAAUUUGGAGGAGGUUGUUGGAGUACCAACUUCAGUGCCGGUGCGUGUAGCUCACGAUCUUUUUCUAGCUGGUCAUAAGUAUCUUGAUGUAAGGACCACCGAAGAGUUUAAUGCUGGACAUGCACCUGGGGCAAUUAACAUACCUUAUUUGUAUAGAGUUGGAUCAGGGAUGACAAAGAAUAGCAAUUUUGUUAAAGAAGUCUCUUCACAUUUUAGAAAAGAAGACGAAAUUAUUGUUGGGUGUCAACUUGGUAAAAGGUCUAUGAUGGCUGCGACUGAUUUGUUAGCUUCUGGGUUUACUGGAGUCACAGACAUAGCUGGUGGUUAUGCUGCUUGGACCCAAAAUGGACUUCCAACCGAAAGAUGA